GAAAGGAGAACCUCUUAACGGCAGCAGUAGCUGCUGGAGGGGCUUGAGAGAGGAGCUAUGAAGCCACUGUUCCUGCUCCUUGCCUUGGGCAUACUGGCAGUGAGAUGGUCGGAUGCUCGCCCGGGGCCCUCGAAGUUGGAGUGCUGGUUUGUGGAAGAGCAGGGUGGUGGUGGGGGCAUGCUUCGGGGAGUGACCAAGAGACCUGCUGUGCUGCUGCUGAGACAGGGGCCUGGGGAGCCACCGCCUAGACCUGACCUUGAUCCUUCACUCUACCUGAAAGUGUAUGAUCCUGCUGGCUCUCUUGGGGAUGCUCUUCAAGGGUCACCAGCUCCAAACUGUGAGCUGAACCACUAUAUCCCCAGCCCUGCAGCUUCAGACUGGGUGGCUGGCCUGACCCCUGAGCCUUACUCUCCUCGGUCCUUGGAUGGGGCUUGGCUGGUGGUCAGCUUAACUAGCCCCCAGGUUCACCUCUCCAGUCUCCUGCAGCUGUCUCAGUCCCAGCCUGUUCCCUCCCCAGUUACCAUAGCAACAGCUGUGCUGACAGUCUUCACCCGCUCUCCUGCCAUUGUGGUACAGCCCAGUAAGGAUGCUACUUUGGACUUGAGUUUUACUUACUGGCCUCCCAAUUUGGGUAGGGCUCCUUCUUCCUUGGGCCCCCCUCCUUUUGGGCUGGAGUGGCGGCGACAACAUCGAGGGACUGGACAGCUGCUCUUGGCCGUGACUCCAGGCCUGGGUAGCCAGGCCCUGGGAUCUCCGGAGGGGGCUGUGGCAUUUGCAACCUGGGAUGAGGAGGGAGCGGAGGGCCCAUGGAGUGGAAAUGGUACCCUGCUGCUGCCUGCGGUGCAGCCAAGCCAGGAGGGUACUUACUUGGCUACAGUCCACCUUCCUCACCUGCAGGCCCAAGUCGCCCUGGAGCUUAAAGUACAGAAGCCCCCAAAAGUGACCCUUAGCCCAUCGCCUAUAGUCUGGGCAUACCCAGGGCAAGCUCCCCCAGAGCUUCUCUGCCUUAUUUCCCAUUUCUACCCCCCGGAGGAGCUAAAUGUGACCUGGGAGUUUCAGAGUGGUAUGGGAAAAAGGAGCAGGGUGGCAGGUGGCCAAGCUUGGCGCUCUAGCUACCGCUACCACCCCGAUGGUACAGUCAGCAUCUCUGCAUACCUUCGCCCACCCUCAGUAACAGUGGAGCAGCAUGGAUCCCACUAUGCCUGCCGGGUCCACCACCCCAGUCUGCAGACCAAAUCCCUCAGUGCCCAGGUGUCUCUGGAAGUGGCAGGAGUCUCUGGGCCUUCCUUGGAAGAUGGAGUAGGGUUGUUCCUCUCAGCAUUUCUCCUUCUUGGGUUGAUCAAAGGAAUGGGCUGGGUUGUGGCCUCCCUGUCUCUUUCCACAGAAACAAAGGACAAGAAAUCACACUGAGAAAAACCUGAGCUGCUUAGAACUCCAGGAGAGACCUGAUUGACCAACAGACAGAUGAGGAGAUGGUUUGGGGUUGGGAAAAGUAUGCUUGUGAGGUUAAUAAAGUUGGAUUAGUAAGAA